UUGGAGCCACGAGCUUACGUAACAACCCGUGAGAUUUGAGUUUCCACGUGUCAGCUGUGAGUUCACCUCGGGAGAACAAUGAGCUCUCCACAGCGCACCACCUGGAUGGCUGUUCACAACACGUGUCAGAGAAACAGUAACCACAGAAACACAACAGAGAGACACAUUUUCGAUUUAUUUCGUUACAAAAGACGAAUAUCAAGUCACCACCACAAUCAUUGAGAGGUGAUGAGUCUUUAACCUCAACCUCUCUCGUGGUUACACGUGGUUAGACCACCGCUAGUUAAAAAAAAAUCGCCCACCGGAAUAUGAGUGGCGGCUAAUCCUUCCUCUCUCUCUCUAUUUCUUCUCUCCCUUUGGAAGAUUUUCAAACUCUCAAACUUUUAACUCACGCUUCACAAUCUCUGUGUAAACGAUACGACAAUAAGAAAAUACAAGACAUGGGCCUUUCGCAAUUUCCGACAGCGUCAGAAGGAGUACUACCACUUCUGGUAAUGAACACGGUUGUUUCAGUUACUCUGUUAAAGAACAUGGUGAUGUCCGUUUUCCGAAUUGUCGGAUCCGAUACUGAAGACUCCAUGGAGAUAGAGGAGCGUGAAGAGGAUUGUGUUAGGAGGAGAAGAAGAAUCUCGAUAACGCAGUUCAAGUCUCUGUGUGAGAACAGAGGAGGAGAAGAAGAUGAAGAAGAAGAGGAAGGUGUUGAGUGUUGUGUGUGUCUUUGUGGGUUUAAAGAGGAAGAGGAAGUGAGUGAACUGGUUUCUUGCAAGCAUUUCUUCCACAGAGCUUGUCUAGACAACUGGUUUGGUAAUAAUCACACAACAUGUCCUCUUUGCAGAUCCAUUCUCUAGUGGUGGUGGAACUAUCUUGUUUAACACUUUCCAUUUUUAUUUUGCUUUUGUUAUGAAAACACCAACAUUCUGUAUCCUCUGUUUUGUCUCUUUUUCUGCUAUGUCCUAUGUUUUUUUUACCCGUUUGGUGUUUUAUGUUUUCCCCCUUUUUGGUAAUGAAAAAGGGGUUUUUUCAUAAUAAUAAAGGACUUGAAUU